CAGCAAAUGACGUGGAUACAUUUCUUGAUCUGGCAUAUACGAAAAUGUCGUCCAUGUCGCAAGCUGAUUCCUACUGUUGGAGAAGACUUUAUACCGAUGCUUGCAUCCUUCGGUCUUUGGCCAACCUCUUGGACACGACUUCAGUAAACGAAUCCGUCGCAUCCGAAAGUAUUGCGAAACUGGACCGUGCUAUCAUUAUCGCCGGGGCACCGGGUAUAGGCAGACUGGAGCUUAUUCACAAUAUCAUCCAGCAGAUCCAAUCGCAGUAUCUGGCAUCACACAACCCUUUCCAACUAAACCCCUCCAAUAAGCGUUUUUCCUCUAUCUCGUCUAUCGACAAGUUUAUCUCUGGCACCUUCAAAGGGAAUGUUCCUUAUAUCAACCCUCCUUCCCUUACACUCUUCCAGCGCUUGUGGUGUAACAGACCUUUCAUCUUACGAGGUCACAUUCUCCACUGGCCUGCUCUGAGCGAACACCCCUGGUCGUCUAUAGAUUAUUUGCGUACUAUCGCAGGCCCAGGGCGUGUUGUACCUGUGGAAAUAGGCCAAGACUAUAGACUCGAUGACUGGAAGCCAGAUAUAAUCAGCUGGGAUUCAUUCCUUUCGUCGUUAUAUUCAUCUAGUCGCCCUGGUUGUCAAGAAAGUCACGAUGUCCUUUAUCUCGCACAGCACAAUCUCAUGAUGCAAUUUCCAGCACUCCGUGAUGAUAUUGUUCUUCCAGAUUACAUAUUUGCAUCUCUUCCUCCACCAUCCACGUACCUGGAAUACCAACCCCCGAAAAACGAUGACCAACUUGUGCUCAAUGCCUGGUUAGGUCCACAAGACACCGUCUCACCAGCACACACGGACCCGUACUUCAAUUGCUAUGCCCAAGUUGUAGGUCGUAAGACUGUAUGGUUGGCCCCUCCUGACAUGACACCGUUCAUGUAUCCUUUCACUGUAACGUCGUCGGACAUCGCCGAUAGGUCUCAUAAUCCUGCUGCUAACAUUGUGAAUCCGUCUCUGAGUAACACUUCCCGAGUCGAUGUUUUUCCUUGCUCGGCGGAGGCAGAAAGCGCAUCGCGUGGCGAAUUUCCAGCAUUCUGGGAAACUACACCCAAGUAUGCCCUUUGUGCCACUUUAGAGCCUGGUGACAUGUUGUUCUUUCCUCCUGGUUGGUGGCAUGCGAUGCGCAGUGAAGAUGUCAGCUUUUCUGUCUCAAUGUGGUUCUGAGGACUAAUUUCCUGCAUGUUGUGUCACUGUAAAGAUACGGAUCUAUACUUGCGCUACUGGUACUAAUACUAUCUCACUCUUGUGCCAUUGGUAAUCAUUUGUAUGUGACA